UGUGCCCCCUAUCCUGUGCUUUAAAAGGUUCUCGUUCAUGUUUGAAGCCAAAAUUAGCACCUUGUCUACAUUUCAGUGAUCCAUCCACUACAAAUAUAAUACAAAUUACAGUGGUGAUGUUAUUUACUUUCAGUAUGAAACUACGAAAUUAUAGCCCAAUUAACAUUAGGUAUGAUAAAAUAUAAACAUGAAUUUUAUAAAUGUUAUAAAAUAUAAAAUUAACUAUAAAAUAACCAUCGAGUCACAUUGUGGUCAGCCCAAAAUACACCGUGCUGAGUACUUAUUGAAAGUAUACUCAGGAUAUGUUUUAAGUUUAAAAAAUUUAAAAACACAGUAUAUAUAAUGUGAAUCCAUUCUGAAUAAAAAUUUUAAAACUAUACACGCACAUAGAGUCAGCCCUUUGUAUCUCUGGGUUCCACAUAGGUGGAUUCAUCCGACCACAGAUGGGAAAUACUCAGAAAAAAAUGUUACAUGGCUGACAUGUACUAUGUGGUUAUCUGUGUGCUCACAUUUUAAGUGAUUUCUAUUCUGUGUUCUUUUCUGCACCUUCUAAUUAUCUACAUAAAUGUUACUUUCUUCCUCAGAGGGAAAAACACAUUUUAGAACCCAGAUAAAAAAUGUACAUAAACUUGGCCAGGUUCUCAUCAUCGCAAAUCUCUUAUUAACAAGCACCGUCAUGGCCACUGCCCUUGGAGACAGAUACGAGUUUCAUCACGUCUUGGCCAGACCUCCCACUGAGACACAAGAAAAGCCAAAUUGCAGCUGCAAACCAUGUAGUGACACAGCCAAAUGACAGCUCACUCCUUAAAUCUUUCUCAAGGGUGCAGACAAUUCCAAACCGGGGACUUUGAGUACACAGCCUACCACCAGACAUUUAAAAUUUUUAUCAUUAGAGAAAAGAAAUUGUUUUACCAAAGUAAAACAAUGAAAGAAAAUUGGAAAGGACUAAACUCACAGGAGGUACAAUAUCGUAGGGCAUUGUUUAGCGGUUGUGAGGGUGCAGAGGUAAAUCACCAAUUCUCCUUGACAUUAUGCACAGUUGUCCAUGUUUGGGUGUUUCAGAGAGCCUACAAUCCGCAUACCUGUCACAGCACCAAUUACAUCUGCAAUUGUCACUUGUAUCCCUACCAACAGUCAUAUUACAUACUGUCAAUAAUAAAGCAGCAAAAAUACAUUACCUCAUUACCAACAAUGUUACUCCUCACUGCUUCCCUGCCCCGCCCCCCAAAAGAGCUGCUGAAGCUUCGGGGACAAUGCUGGUGAUCCAGCCAGGACAGCAACCAGACAUUGGCAAAGGAAAGCAAAGCCCAACAGACAAUGAGUGCUCAGGAAUCCGCCCCCACUGCGUUGGUCCCAAAAUGACACAGCACUCUGUCUAGAGGUGGAAUGAGGUGAUCUGCCCGAAUCUCAAGCCAGGCAGCAUGACAAGACCACAGUAUAUUCCCAUCUGAUCUCUGGGGUCUCUGCCUGCACCUCAACAUCUCAGAGCAUGCCUCCCCCAAAGGCAGCCUUGCUGAGACAAGGGACCUCGUUUUUUUAUGGACACAUUUGUCCUCAUUCCUUUGCCAUCUUGCUGUCUCAAGCCGUCGUGAUGGAGCGGCAGGGGGACCAGCCACAGGCUAUCAACCACCAAAAUUCACAAUAUUGUGAAUUGUUAUUCUAAGUUUUAAUCCAGUCUGUCAUUCUAUCAAUAGGGACAUGGCACCUAGGAAUGAUCACCUGCCCAUGGCUUCACGGUCAACGCCGGGUCAAUAUUCUAAGAGUUGACCCAUUUCCUUUCUGACUAAUAAAUUUUUAAUAUGCGUAGCAGGAUCACAUUCGUUCAGAAUGCAUCUUCCUGCAUCUGUACAGCCCUCCGGCGUGUCCUCAUUCUGUCAGAAUGACGUAACACUGUCUCCUGAAAUGUUAGAAGGGCUAUGCUUUCUGCAGACGUUUAAAAAACAACCUGUGAAUUAAAACUUUUCUGUAAAAACAAGUCCCUCCCCACUUGUUUGAAACUAGCCCUUCUCUCUCAGUUUGCUAGACAGUGGGCUCUGCUGUCAUCUCCCAAGACACAUCGGCCAGCCGGAUUCGUACCCGAAGGCAGGGCCUGGGACCCUCGAGGCCACUCAGGCUGCCAGCGCAACUUCGGAAGCCCCUCAAACAUUGGGGACCCCUGAGGACGGCAUCAGAUGGCACCCCCAAGGUAGGGCCCGAAACCCCCGAGGACUGGCUCCAACCUCCCAAGACUGGGUCUGCGACCUCCAGGGAUGAAAUGGGACCCUCAAGGCAGGGUUCGAGUCCCCCAGGAAUGGAAAGGGACCACACUCAGGAUACUAACAUAGACUAAGAACUCCCCGACUGGAUCGAAAUCUCCGAGCAGCAUUCGGAACCCUCCCAAACUGGACUCGAGACCCAAAGCCAGAGUUCGGGCCCCCAAGGCAAAAUCUGGGGCCCCAGGCCCGCACUUGGACCCGCAAGACAGCGUUUGGGACCCCCCGAACCCGCGCGAAGGUGCGAGUGGGGAGGGGGAAGCGCCGGCAGCUCCCCGGGCGGACAAGCGCUUCCCGGCGGAGCCCGCUCCCCACCAAUCAGGCGGCGGCAAGCACGUGACGGCGGACGGCCAAUGGGGAGUCCGCACGGGAGCACGCCCCUAGGCCCCGCCCCUCUGCGUUCGGACGGACGCGGGAUGUGGGCCCUGCGGGCCGCCGUCCGCCCGGGGGUCUCCCUCUCUCGCGUGGUUCGCGGCCGCGGGGCUCUGAGGGUCGCGCCACGGCUGCCACCUUGGCCCGAGCGCGCACUGACCGCCUUCGGCCCCGGGGACCCAGGGGAUUUGCAGGGACGAGGGGGCGGAGGCCGGGGCCCACGUGCGGAUGGCCGUAGGCGCCGAGCGGGAACGGAGGAGGACGAGGAGCCGGAAGGUGCGGAGCAAGAGGAGGAGGACGUGGAGGAGCUGCUGAGGAGGGAGCCUCUGCUGCCGGCCGGGACCCAGCGCGUGUGCCUGGUCCACCCAGAGGUCAAGUGGGGACCAGCGAAGCCGCUGCGGACGCGAGCCGAGUGGCAGGUGGCGGAGGCAAAAGCGCUGGUCCACACGCUGGACAGCUGGUCCGUGGUGGAGACAGUGGUGGUGCCCACCAAAACGCCCGACAAGAAGCUCAUCUUCAGCAAGGGGGCUUUGGAGCACCUGACAGAGAAAAUUAGAGGGUUGGCAGAAAUCACAGCUGUCUUCCUGAACGUGGAGAGGAUGUCGGCGCCCACCAAGAAAGAACUGGAGGCCGCCUGGGGCGUGCAGGUGUUCGACCGGUUCACCGUGGUCCUGCACAUCUUCCGCUGCAACGCCCGGACCAGGGAGGCGCGGCUCCAGGUGGCUCUGGCCGAGCUCCCCGUCCUCAGGGCCAACCUGAAAAACGACGUUGGCCGUCUGGACGGACGAGGAGGGGGCUCUCGCUACAUCAUGGGGUCAGGGGAGUCUUUCAUGCAGGUGCAGCAGCGUCUCUUAAAAGAAAAGGAAAUGAAGAUCCGGAAGGCCCUGGAGAGGCUCAGGAGAAAGAGGCGGCUCCUGGGGACGCAGCGGAGGCGGCGGGAGCUCCCCGUGGUGUCCGUGGUGGGCUACACGAACAGCGGUAAAACCACGCUGAUCAAGGCUCUGACGGGAGACGCUGCCAUCCAGCCCCGGGACCAGCUGUUUGCGACACUGGACGUUACGGCCCACGCGGGGUCACUGCCCUCCCGCAUGACUGUCAUCUACCUGGACACCAUUGGCUUCCUCUCCCAGCUGCCGCACAGUCUCAUCGAGUCCUUCUCCGCCACCCUGGAGGACGUGGCCCACUCGGACGUGAUCCUGCACGUGAGAGACGCGAGCCACCCCGAGAGCGAGCUGCAGAGCGCCAGUGUGAUGUCGGCCCUGCGCGGCCUGCGCCUGCCCGCGCCGCUGCUGGACGGCGUGCUGGAGGUCCACAACAAGGCGGACCUGCUGCCCGGAGGACAGCCGAGGACCUCCGGUCCACGGUACCCGUUAGGGCUGCAGCCUUCGCUCUUCCCGCCCCUCCCCCUCAGCUGGCUGCACAGGGAGGCCACCGUGCAGGACGUGCAUGUGGCCCCGGAGGCGGGCGUGGCCGAUGUCACCGUCAUCAUCAGCAACGCCGCCUACGGCAAGUUCCGGAAGCUCUUUCCACAAUGACAGGACCCUGGCG